AUGGAUGGUGUCAGUGCGGCUUCGAGCGUCCUAGCGGUGAUCGACCUGUCAGCGAAGAUUGCCUUACUUCUGUUUCGGUACUCCCAAGGAGUCAAAACGGCAAAGUCAGAUAUCAAACGUCUACAGGAAGAACUUGAAAGGCUGAAUGCUACCCUCGAUGGGUUGCGGAAGCUUCUUGACCACCCGAAUGGCAGCAAGCUGCAGACACUACGUCAGUUACAUGAGGAUGUCAACGGCUGUUCGGACCAGCUCACAGAUAUCUUGGCCAAGUUGAAAAAGAAACUUGAUUCCGAUAGUACAAGGUUGAUGCGGCGAUUUGGAAUACGAGCCCUUAAAUGGCCGUUUGAGAGCCACGAGGUUGAUUUCAUCAUGGCAAGACUUGAAAAACACCGUAAUACGCUCGCGGUCGCUCUGGCCAUUGAUCACGCUGAGCAGACUCUUGACCUGUCGCAAACAAUCACCCUUUCCAAAUUACCGAUUGCCACUGGUGCUACGUUUGAUUCUCACGCCGAAGAGCAUUAUUCUCGAUGCCACCCAGAGACACGUGUUGCCCUCCUGCAGAACAUAUUGGAUUGGGUGGGAGAUCCACAGGGUCGCUGUGUUUUCUGGCUGAAUGGUAUGGCUGGAACUGGAAAAUCGACCAUUUCGCGCACAGUUGCCCAGUCAUUUGCUGAGAACGGAAUUCUUGGUGCUAGCUUCUUCUUUAAAAGGGGUGAACAAAACAGGGGUAACGCGGAUCGGCUUUUUACCACCAUUUCCUCCCAGCUGGUCACCAAUGAGCCCUCCCUUGCACCAAGCAUCGCAGCUGCCAUGAAAGCUGACCCUACUCUGACCAGCAAAAGUCUAACAGAGCAGUUCAGGGAACUAGUUGUGAAACCGUUGGAUGCGCUAAAACCACGCUCGCAUGAAGUGAGGACACUUGCGUUUGUGAUUGACGCCCUCGACGAAACCUUUCUAACAAGCCGGCCCGAACUGCCCAUUCGAAUGGGGUUUAACACAAUCCACGGCAGCUAUCAAGAUCUGGUUCUGCACGAAAUUCCCCAGUCAAUUAUCAAGCAUGACAUAAGCGCUUUUCUGCAUACUGAGCUUGCCACUAUCAGGGCCCACCAUAACAGCUUAUCUCCGUAUGAGUGCCUUCCAUGCGAAUGGCCAAGUCAAGAAGAGAUCCAGGAGUUGGCUCAGAUGGCCACUCCUCUGUUCAUUUUUGCCGCUACCGUGUGCCGCUUUAUCAAAGAUCCGACAUGGUCAGACCCAAAAGGGCAGCUAGCAAAGGUUUUACAAUACCGUCCUACUGACCCACGCCACGAGAUUGAUAGCCUUGAUGCAACAUACCGCCCGGUUCUUGAUCAGCUCGUCGCAACAUCUCAGAUAGCACAGCUGUCUCUUGUCAACGAAUUCCGGGGCAUUGUGGCCUCUAUUAUACUUCUGACUGAACCUCUUUCAGCCUCGUCCCUAUCUCGGAUCCUCGAUAUCCCUCGGUCUGAUGUUGAUCGGAGGCUGAGAACGCUUCAUUCUGUAUUGAGUGUACCGGCGUCUCCUGAAGCUCCAAUUCGGAUGCUUCACCUCUCAUUCCGCGACUUUCUUAUUAACACCGAGAAAUCUAAGACUAAUCCGUUCUGGAUUGAUGAGAGAGCAACUCACGCCAAACUGACUAGUUGCUGUAUAAAGCUCCUUUCCGCUGAGGGCAAUCUGAAAGAAGACAUUUGCGAUCUCAAAUCACCGGGGGCAGCCCGCACAGAUCUUCCAACUGCUGUCGUUAGCCUCAAAUUACCAGCAGACGUUCCAUAUGCAUGCCAAUACUGGGUCUAUCAUGCAGUCGAGAGUGGUGAUAUCCUAACAGAUAACGGGGAAGUCUACUGGUUUUUCAAAUGCCAUUUACUACACUGGCUUGAGGCAUUAAGUCUCGUGGGAAAGAUAUCCGAAAGUGUUGGGAUCAUCAGAGACUUGCAAAGUCUCCCUAUAUAUUCUUCUGCACUAAUAUUCGCGCCCAAGAGGAGCAAGAUCAGAGCUAUGUUUGAGGAGAACAUUCCCCUGUGGAUCACGAAACUACCGGCAAUUGAGAUGGAUUGGAGCAAUUGUGAAGAGAGACAGCAACUCAAAAGCCUCUUCAGUGACUUCUCCAGAAUAUCCUACUCACAAGACGGGAAAACGUUGACGUCGUUCUCGAGGAAUGGCACAGUCCAGGUGUGGGAUAUACAGACAGGCCACGUGAGACAGGCACUGGACUUUGACCAGAACAAUUACAACAAGAAUUCCAUUUCACCCAGCGGUAGUCUGGUUGUGUCAUUUGGCGGAGGUCAAAAGCCUGCGCCAGGUCAUGUUCUCUAUGGCAAUGAUUUGUCCAGCAUGGAGAAGCAGAUACUGAAGGGCCACACCGACUGGAUAUUCGACGUUGCAUUCGCACCAGAUGGCAAUAUACUAGCCUCGAUUAGCGUCGAUGGAACUCUGCGUCUCUGGGAUGUGUUCACAGGCAAAGAGAUGCUUAGCGAUACUCUCUCUGGAGGCUUUCUUCGCGAAAACAUUGUAUUCGCGCCCGAUGGGAGACUUCUAGCAACAGUCACGGGCAGCCGGAUAGUUAAGCUGCUGGACACGAAGACGUUGGAAGAGAGGCAGAAGUUCUUUGUUGGUAGCAUUUACGAUCCUAUUGUGUUCUCUGCGGAUGGGAAGAUGUUGGGUUUCCGAUUCUCCUUGAACCAAAUCCGGGUCAUCAGGAUCCCAUUUGAUGGGGAGAAGGAGGUCGUUCAGAAUAGCGAUGAGUCGUCGCAUGGUAUGAUGGAAAUGGCCGGUCAACUCUGGAAUCCAGCAUCAGGGAACGCAACAUGGACUCCCCGAUUUGGUGUCCCACUCUGGAUUCAUGCCUUCUCACCAGACGGAAGUGAAGUGGCAUCAAUAAUCUCAAAGCCAAGGGGUAGCAUCCAGUUCUGGGAUGUCGCAACUGGUGAGAAGAAGAACGAAAUCUGGGACAUUGAUUUGGAGGGGGAGUGGGCAUCGCCUGGUUACCGAACGGCAAGACACUGGCCACAACCUCAUCACAGGUCUGAUUUUUUUGGUGCCGUGGCUUUCUCACCCGAUGGCGGCGUCCUUGCGAGCUCUACUCGUGACGAGCUCUGGGUAUGGGACACCACCACUGAGGUUUCGCCCGAUGAAAACUCUAUCGCGUUGGUUUAUCACUCAGACCACAGCUCAGAGGCCUUGGUGUUGGUUUUGAACCUGGAAAGAAUGAGCAUGUCCCCGCUUCAUUGGUUCUGUGCGGAGUUCACUACCGUUUCGUUUUCUGAGGACGGCCGUUAUCUGAAAUUCAAUAGUGGUCAUUUUCUGGAUCUCGACUCCGAAUGCUUCAGCCCAGAGAAGGGAUUCUUUUUGCAAAGUCCCAGCGACGGUAUAUUUGACGCUGGUGCAGACCUCUUGGAUCAUAACUGCCACCACUGUGUAGCAAUUUCUGAUCAGACUGGACUGCUUCUCUAUAAUGACUGGGUGUAUAAAGAUGGUAUUAGGAUCCUUUGGGUUCCCCCUGAUUACCGAUCGAGAUUGCAUGGCGUGGUUCAGUUGAAGGACACAAUUGCUCUGGGCGAUGAAGAAACAUCCGAAAUCACAUUCAUCCAGUUUGAUUUCUCCGUGCUUUCAUGA